UGUCUUUGUGUCACUCACCGAGGACCUUGCAGCUCUCCGGAGGAAUUUGGGCUGCUGCGGUUGCGAGCGCUGGCACUGUAGAAACAUGACCUUCAGAAAUUUGUCUCCUAACCAACCCAGAGCACAGCUGAGCUAGCGUGGCCAGGGCUGCUCCUCUUUCAGAACCGUGCAGGGUGGCUGCUUAGCCUUGCCGCAUGUCACACGCUACAUGGUACCUGCAGAAGACGAGAAGAGCUUACCUCUUCCAGAGAGAUGGCCCCGGGCCAGCAAAUUCGCUCUGUCAGCCUGUGCGGCCACUGUGGCAGAACUAGUGACAUUCCCCCUGGAUCUCACGAAAACCCGACUGCAAGUCCAAGGUGAAGCUGCUGCGCGUGGCAGCGGAGCUGCUGCUGGCCAAGCUGUCCCGUACCGCGGCAUGCUGCGGACGGCGGCUGGCGUGGUGCAGGAGGAAGGCUUACUGAAGCUCUGGCAAGGAGCCACACCGGCUGUCUACCGGCACAUAGUGUACUCUGGUGUUCGGAUGGUUGCAUAUGAACAUCUGCGUGACUCUGUGCUUGGCAGGGCUGAGGAUGAAAGCUUUCCUUUCUGGAAAGCUGUUGUUGGAGGCAUGUCUGCAGGUGCCAUCGGACAGUUUUUUGCCAGCCCAACUGAUCUGGUGAAGGUGCAGAUGCAGAUGGAAGGAAAAAGGAAGCUGGAAGGAAAGCCAUUACGAUUCCGAGGAGUGCACCAUGCAUUUAUGAAGAUCCUGUCUGAAGGAGGAAUUCGGGGACUUUGGGCUGGAUGGGUGCCAAAUGUCCAGAGAGCUGCUCUGGUAAACAUGGGAGAUCUGACCACUUACGACUCAGUGAAGCACUUCUUGCUUCUGAACACGCCACUCACAGACAACAGUCUCACUCAUAGCCUUGCCAGUGGCUGUUCUGGCUUGGUGGCUGCUGUGCUGGGAACUCCUGCUGAUGUGGUCAAAACCCGGAUAAUGAACCAGCCAAGAGACAAGCAGGGAAGAGGUCUGCUGUAUAAGUCUUCCAUGGACUGCUUGAUUCAAACGGUACAAGGUGAAGGGUUUAUGUCUCUAUACAAGGGCUUCAUACCAACCUGGAUGCGAAUGGCUCCUUGGUCACUGGUAUUCUGGCUUACAUAUGAACAAAUCAGAAGGAUCUGUGGAGUUAGCUCUUUUUAAAACCAUGAAACCACAUCAAUAUCCACAAAACGAAGAAGAGGAAAGGUGUAUUUUCAUUUCACAACACAUUCCUACCCCACAAAGAACUGAUUCAUUUAGGAGAGUGGAGUAGGAUCGCAUGCUGCCCUAAAUCCAGUCCUUCCUGGCUAGGACUAGCUAUGACUUAAGCACACUAGUUCCUUGGCAGACUGCUGUACGAAGGUUAAGUUACCCACAAGAAAUAGGGUCACAAUAAGACUUCAACUGGCAGCCAGCAUCAGCUUUCUGGAAGAGUGAACGAGGGUUAAAAAAAAAAUCUAACAAAUAGAAUAUUGUUUGUUUUGUAAUAGUGAUAAUUCCUAUAAUUAAGAGCAGAUUGAACAAUACAGCACUGAACACGUGGCUUAUCAGCCUAUAAAACUACUUGGAAAUUUUUGUUCUUAUUACAUUUGUUUUCACAUAGUAAAAGAACUACCUCUUUAGUCUGAUGCCUCAGCAAACCAAAUGCGGGGCGCUAGUUACUGGAACAAAUUGAAACAGUUCACCUGACUUUGAAUUCGCUUAGCACAAAAGGCAGAAGGGGCUGUGCUCCUCGUGCUUUCCUGAAUCUGUUUGACCUCUACAUUCAACCCCUUGAGUAACGUCCAUGAGUGAAAUUCAGUCCUGUACCCAGGAAAUCAAAAGCCUAAUUCACUCUGUCCCACUUGAGGGGCUCACAAUAGGCGUGCUGUCCAUGGGACAAGUUGAACUACUUGUCCUUUUAGAGUCCCACCGCUGACAUGGCAGACUGGGUCAGUAAAGUACCACUUUUACAUGGAAAUAUUCACCCUGCCCUUUUUAAAUCUAGGCAGAAAUAAAAUGUUCCCUUAGAAAAACAACACACAGAAUAUAUUUGAAUAUAUUUUUUUAAUCUAAAGCUUUCCACAUUUUAUAGGAAAGAGGACUACCUCUGUUUGUCACUAGGCUUUGUCUAUCAGGAGGCAAAAAUGCCUCCUGAAAUCAUAACGUAGGCAGAACAAGGCUGGCUUUGAUUUAACCCCACCAAACAAUGAAAUGACCGUACAAGACUUGUUUUCCAAGUAAAUACUCAAGAUUUCUUCCAGACUAGACUUUACAACCAGUACCUCCCAUGUGCCAAUUUCUGAUUAAAAACAAUCUGAGUGUC